AUGGUGAUGUGGAAAGGUCUUCUUUCUACUGUGGUGGCGGCGCUGGCUACCAGCGGGGUGAAGGCAGCGAGCUACGACGAUAUCCCAGACAUUGAGGUCUAUGGACAGCAUUUCUUCUACACAAACAAUGGCUCGCAGUUUUAUCUCAAGGGUGUUGCAUACCAGCAGAAUUACUCUCCUAACGGUUCGACAAGCGCCGACACCAAAUACACCGAUCCGCUUGCCGAUGGCGACGCCUGCCGACGAGAUAUCCCCUACCUCAAGCAACUUUACACAAACAUUAUCCGCGUGUACGCUAUCGAUCCUACUCAGAACCACGAUGAUUGCAUGGAGCAACUAGCCAGCGCAGAUAUUUAUGUCAUCUCCGACCUGGGCGAGCCUGGUACAUCGAUCGAGUCGAACAACCCGGAGUGGGAUGUUACACUUUACCAGCGAUACACUGGCGUCAUUGACGCGCUAAGCAAAUACAGAAACGUCGUUGGUUUCUUUGCUGGUAACGAGAAUGUUAGUAGCGACAACCAAACGGCCGCUGCCGCGUUUGUCAAGGCUGCUGUCCGCGACACAAAGACAUAUAUCAAAAAUCAGAACUACCGCAGUACAUUGGGCGUGGGCUAUGCGACUGCCGAUGUCCCAUCUCGCGAUGAGCUUGCGCAUUACUUCGCGUGCCAGCCCGGCAACGCGGGAAACACGACCUCCAUUGAUUUCUGGGGCUACAACGUCUACUCUUGGUGCGGCGACAGCAACUACGCAAGUUCCUCCUACGGCGAGCGCGUUCAGUUCUUCUCCGACUACCCCGUCCCCGUCUUCUUCGCUGAAUACGGAUGUAUUGAGGGUCUCGACAGCCCUACAAGCCGUCCCUUCACAGAAGUCGAGGUUCUGUACGGCAACAUGACUGACGUCUUCUCCGGCGGCAUUGUCUACGAGUGGUUCAUGGGUGCAAACAACUAUGGACUCGUCUCGCUAGCUGACAACGGUGCAAGCGUAUCACCCUACCCGGACUUUACGUCUCUGCAGAGUCAACUCGCAUCCGCUACCCCGACUAUUACUCAGCGCUCUGAAUACACACCUUCCAACUCUGCGCCUGCUUGCCCCUCAGUCGGCGGAACAUGGCUCGCGCAAGCUUCUCCAUUGCCUCCCAACGUAAACCCUCAACUAUGCGCCUGCAUGGUAGACAGUCUGCAAUGUGUCUACACAUCCGACGACGACGAUGCCUACGCCGAUGACUUCAACUACAUCUGCGGUGAGAACGAAGACUACUGCAGCGGCAUUGCGCACAACUCCACGACUGGCGACUUUGGUGCUUACUCUGGCUGCGAUCCCAAGGAGCAGCUCGCAUUUGUUGCAAAUCAGUACUACAUUGGCCAGAAGAAGCGCGCAGAUGCUUGCAGUUUCUCGGGCAGGGCAAGCAUCCAGACCGCAUCGACUGCGAGUGGUUGUGCCUCGUUGCUAAGUGCUGCGGGUAAGAAUGGUGAUGGCAGUGUACCUACUGCUACAGGCAAGGGCACAGCGGCUGUGAGCGGUGGUAGCGGCAGUGGUGGUGGUGGUGGAGCAGCAAGCUCUAGCAAAUCCGAGGGUGCUGCUCCCAGCGUCAAUGCUCCUGGUUUCUUCGCCCAUGGUGAUUUGGUCAUGGGUGCGUAUGCUGUUCUGGCAGCGGGUAGUCUUCUCGGUAUGCUUGUACUAUAA